UCAGGUACUUCAUUUUGCUGCAAUGGAGACUUGAGUCACGUUGAACGAGACAAUGGAAAGACUUUAUCUAAAGCUUUGACGUAGAUCUUUUUUUUUUCCAAGUUAUAUUUCGUGUCAACAGCAAAUGAAUGUUUCUUUAAUUCCUAAAAUGCAUCGACAUUGCCACAGGAGGCAAGACGCGCUUCUGUUCCGUUUGCUCGUAUUCCUCGCUCCUUCACUCGUCUUCUCCAUCACAGUGAGUUCUCCAGCAGAGCUCCAUGCAUCCAAAGGAGACACCGUCACCCUGUCCUGCACUUUCACUUCCACCAGUCGACCCACCAGCAAGAUGACCAUCGAUUGGUCCUAUAGACCCCAGACUGGAGGGCCGCCACAGACAUUCUUCCACUUCUCUUCUCGUGCCUUCCCGCCUGCGGAAGGCCAGUUCAGGGGGCGUAUUCAGUGGCGAGGAAGCCCGGCAAAGGGGGAAGCCUCCAUCGUUCUUAUCAAUUCAACACUGAAUGAUAACGGAACCUACACAUGCUCAGUCAGAAAUCCCCCAGAUGUCCACGGGAGCCCAAACUCACACACAGUACUCACUGUCACGCCAAAAACACCCACCAUUCGCUUCUCGGAUAUUGGAGUGCUCCUUUUUUUCAUCCUCAUCCCUUCCGCCAUCAUUGCCCUCGUUCUGAUUGGUCAAAUGUUCUGCCCCGAGAGAGAGCGCAGCCAAUCCAAGGGCUACAGAUCAGCCAUAGAGGUCGCGGAUGGAGAGGAGAAUGACAACGUUCACGUGGUGGACAAAUUCAAGGCAGCCACAUGUUGUGACGUACUAAUGACGGACUCAGAGAGUGAACACGAGUAUCACCACAUGAAAUCUGCCACUGAAGGUUAUGCAGAGUCAAAGUGCUAGAGUCCCCCGACUCCCUCACUUUGUAGAUGCCAAAACCUGCCGAGGCCUUUUACAGGGGUUGUACUGAAUGAAAAUCAAUGUUGAAUUAAUGUACGUGUCAACCUCACAGUAGGCCACUUUGGUAAAAUGCACGUGAUAUUGUGAAGGAGAUAUAUUUUGUCUAAUUUAUUGCACGUGUCAUAGCUGCUGAUGUCUUAUUGCGCUUAUUGUUGUGUCAAAACACAUUUGGUAGUAAAAUAAAGACUUUUUUUGAAUGCCACUUAAAAUGAUCGUGACUGUACAUAAUUUGUAUUUAUAGGGCAUCAUUUUUUAAUUUUGCAAAGUUGUGCUUUUUUUUAAUGCAGAUGCUCUUGCCAGAUUUAUAUUUUAGAAACUUUUGCUACCGUACAUUUUUUAAUGAACGCGUGAUUUUCGCUGAAUGAAGAAACAACCCAGACUUUUGAGUGAGAUAGAUAUUUGGAACAAUAUCUGCCUAGGCAGUCUGUUGGUAAAGUAUACAGCUGUAGUUUCCUCUUCUUUCUGUUUGUUCUGUUGAACUGUUCAUGAAUGGAAUCUCUUUCAAUAUUCAUGACUCUUCCUGAGGAUUCCUUUAAAUAAAGUUUCAAGGACAGACUGGAGUUGUAUAACAUUAAAAAGGCCUAGUAAAAGUGCAGAAAAAGCAA